CACUUAAAGUUGGAUAAACAUGGGGUAAACGAUCAUUAUUAUUAUUAGGAUAAAAUCAUUGAAGAAGACCAGAGAAAAGGCCAUUGAAGAUUUUUUUAUGUUGAUAUUUUAUUAUUAAUGUAUUAUUUGUCCAAUGGGGUUUGUUCAUAAGUGAAAAAUAUACCAAACUUUUAAAAUGGCUCUUUACGAUAAUAAAUAUUGGUUAUUAUCCCAUAUAAGAAAUUCAUUUAUGUCUACUGAUGAUACAGGAAUGUGCGAGCUAGUAAUGUCUGGAGAAGCUAAAGACAUAAAAGAUCAUAUAAAAAGUACAGAACCUUACCCAGAUCCGGAGUCAAGUGAUGACGAAGAAGAUGAGUUCGAAUCAUUUGAUUUCCAACUGGAUAUGGAUUUUAAUAUUAGGGAACGAUCAAAUACUGCCACUCAAAUAGAAAAAUUAGAAUUAAUUCGCAAGAAAGCAGCGAAAAUGAGGCAUAUUAAAUGGGAAACUAAUAAAGGACUGAAUAAGGACGUGGAUAUAGAUGAAUUGUUUGCAAAGAAAGAUAUUAACGUGGCGUGUAAAUCUGAGAAACCUAUUUCCAAAUUAUCAGCUUUAAUACAAAAGCAUGCAGAUGUACCAAAAAAUCCAUUCAUAGAAUAUGCGAAAUUUGAUGGUACGGGACAAGUUAAUAUACCCACUAAAAAGUAUAAAAUAUUUUUAACCAUGUUACCACCACAACAGAGAAAUUAUCCAAUGCCGGUUUGUUGUGUUGCUAAUGCGAAAGUACAAGAUUUGAUUGGAUUGAUACUUCUCAAAUUUAGUUAUAAUUAUGGUACAUCAAAUCUUAAAAGUGUAAAUCAUUAUGGACUUUAUAUAACAGAAGAGGAUGGAGAGGUCGAUAGUGAUUUUCCAUGUUUGGAUUCCAAGGAACCAAUUUCAAAAUUUGGCUUUGGUUGUCUUGGUUUAGUUGAACAUAAAGAAAGUAUUAAAACAGUAUCAUUUCCAGAUGAUACAUUAUUUACCAUCGAAGGAGUUGGAACAAGGCUCACAACAAUAUCAGACAAAAAAGCUGAUGAGAAUAAACAGAUGGAAAAUGUUAUACAGGCAGUAGAAGAUCAUAAUAAAUUAAUGGAGGCUCCGCUGUACCGUUCUUUUAGAGUUUAUAUGUUGAGUAAAGUAAAACCAAAAAUAGAGGUAAAUAUAGGAGUGAGUGGGGAGAGAAUAGAAAUCGAUCCAGUACCUCAAAAGGGUUCUAAGUUAUUACCUUUUAAAGCAAAAGCCAUCAGCCAUCCAAUUGAUAGUAUCGCUUGUUGUGAAAUCAUAGAUGAUAAAAAUGGAAGAGUUACUUUUAGGAUAACAUAUAAAACAAAUACAGGUAGUAGCUUUAGUGGAGCAGCAGACACAUCAGUUUCUGGAGUUUCAAGUCAUUCGCUUUCUUCAAAUAUGACUUACAAAAAUUACGAUUUUGAAGGUAAUACUUCAACCGCAAUGGAUUUGGUACAAAAAAUAAAUUUGAUUCUAGAAUUAAAGUCUAGUUAUAUAAGAGAAGAAUAUUUAGCAAAUAAAGGAAAAAAGUUACAAAAAAAGAAAAGUUUUCAUAUUGUUAAGUGAUUGUUAUUAUGUAUAUGUAGUUUUUAUAACAAAGAACAGUAUUAAUACUUAUAUUUAUGCAAUCUUAUUAUAUGAAAAAUACCCAUAUAUUAAUAAUUUUUGUAUAGAUUUGUUAUAUUUUAGAAAAUAAACGUAUUGUGAUUUAGUCUGUCUUAUAAUCCCAAAAAUAAAAAGUUGAAUUAU